CGUUCGUCUUUUAACCCCUUAGCGUUCUGACGGCCCGCCCACGGGCCGUCGGCGUCUUUCGAACACGUGUUGCUAUGUAUACAACUCCUAUGUUUAAGUAGUUACUCAUGCCAUACAUCUUUGGAAAGCUACAACUCUUGUGAUUUCACUGAUACAAACUAUUCCAAGACAUGAUAACAACAGCAGGUACAAUCAUCGCCUCUGUCUGAGUAACAAACAACUACAAAAUUGAGGUAACUCACCUUUGAAGCCUCAUUGUAAUCCACAGAUCCAUAAUAUUCUGACAAAAACGGUCUUGUUACAUUGACAAAGGUCCAGACGAUCAAAUCCAGUAAACUAUUUAGUCCAAACAUAUUAUGACAUUAAAAUAUAUCCACGGACAGCUGUUUUUAAAUUUCAAAUUUCGCGGCAGUUAUUUAAUAUUUUACUGUAUUUCCUGGAGUAAAUCUUGUUUGCAUAUAUUUUUUUGCCGGUAUCUGAUAUCAAAAUGGCCCCUGCACUCUGACCUUUCGAUUGACACCUCACUUGAACCAAUAGGACCUUCCUGGUCUCGUCUACAGCCUAGAAUAGCCAACGAGUGCCUGCGGUGAAAGAAGGUGCACGCCUUUUUAUUUUGUGCCAAUUGCAACCGGUUGUGCCAAUGACUGACGUUUUGUAUAGCCAAUGAACGGGGAACUGAUGCUUUCGCGGGUAGUUACAAUCCUAAACAAAGGAAUGAUCUGUGUAGUGCAAACACCGAUAAAAACACGGCCCACUACUUUCUACAUCCUAAACCAAAACCGAACGAGAAAUUGAGAAUGGCGAAAAUUAGCAAGUCAAGAAGAUAUACCCUCCAAGAAGCAGUGGAGGAAUGUACUCGGCCACGUGAAAGCGACAAGUCAGAGGAGGAAAUGUCUGAGAAAGACAGUGAAAUGUCUUGCAUGGACUCCGUGGCAGAGGACAUGUUCCUAGAGGGAGGAGACAUUACUCUCGACAAGAAAUGUGAUGUAGAUAUGGAUUGGGAGCCUGCUACAUCUGCACCAGUGAGCAAGUGGCCACAUGGAGUGGAGCAGCAGGACAGUUCAUCAGGUGAUGAGCCUCAUCUUCCAACUCCUCUGAACAGCAGGAGACCAAGAGGUAGAGGACAAGGUAGAGGAAAAGGGAGAGGCGUGGAGCAGCAGGACAGUUCAUCAGGUGAGGAGGCUCAUCUUCCAACUCCUCAGAACAGCAGGAGACAAAGAGGUAGAGGACGAGGUAAAGGAAAAGGGAGAGGCUGCAGUCAAGCCAGAUCAAGCAGCCCAUCUGAAGAGAGGUGGAAUGAUGUCGAUGUCCCAGACAUCACACCACCACAGCCCACCUUCAGACCCAGAAAUGUCCCAGGACCCCAGCUCAUACGUACUGCUACGUACACAGCCCUGCAGUUGUUUCAACUGUUUUUUACCAACUCUGUUUUGAAGACAAUACUUCAAAACACCAACCACUGUGGCUCAACACACCAUUCAACACCCUCUAUCCCGUGGAUUGAUCUGACAUUGCAGGACAUGUUUGCAUUCAUGUCUUUAAUUGUUUACAUGGGUGUAGUCAAAUGCUUUUCUUUCACUGAUUACUGGCGUGGGGGUCAUCUUUAUAGCUUGCCGUUCCCGAGACGGGUAAUGACCGGUAAAAAGUUCCUCAGGAUCUCCCAAUCCCUUCACCUCAGCAGCUCUGUGGGUGAUGCUGCUAAUGAGGAAAGGAGAGGCACAGGAGCCUACGACCGUCUGGCUAAGAUAAAGCCGCUCUACGAGGAGAUGAGGGACUCCUGCAGAAGAAACUUUCACCCUGGCCAGGAAAUCUCCAUUGAUGAGCGAAUGGUUGCCUCAAAAGCCCGCACUGGUUUGAAACAAUACAUGAAGAACAAGCCUGUUCGCUGGGGUUAUAAACUCUUUGUUCUGGCAGACUCCAGGAACGGUUAUACAUGGGACUUUUUUGUUUAUGAGGGAAAGUGCCAGGGAAACAGUGGUAAGGGACUCAGUUAUGAGGCAGUGAUGGAGCUAAUUGAUGUACAGUUGCUGGGCACCGGCUAUAAGGUCUUUGUAGAUAAUUUUUAUACAAGUCCAAUCCUGUUUCGUGACCUCCUUCUGAAGAGGAUCUGGGCAUGCGGAACCAUCCGCACAAACAGAAUCGGAUUCCCAAGGUCAAAGGUCAACAUUCUGGUCUCAAAAUCUCCUCGUGGCAGCAUACGUUGGAUCAGGAAUGACUCCCUGCUCUUUGUUCAGUGGCGAGACACAAGGGAUGUUUUUCUGUGCUCAACCCUCCACACAGCCCACGCAGAGGACACAGUGCAGAGGAGGGUCAAAGCUGCAGAUGGGCAGUGGCAGUUGAAGGACGUCUCAGUUCCACCAGUGGUGCAGGACUACAACCGGUGCAUGGGUGGAGUGGACCACUCAGAUGCCCUCAUAGGGUAUUACAAAGUCCUGCACAAGACCCAACGGUGGUACAAGACUCUGUUUUACCACUUCAUGGACAUCGCAAUUGUGAACGCCUUCCUCCUCCAGAAGGACCUUGCAAUUGGCAAGGAGAGGUACCUCUGCAUCAGAAGGCGUUCAGAGAGACGCUCGCAGUGGAGCUGGCAGAGGCGGGGUCUUCCUCCACAGCCACACCCGGACCACCUCCUGCUCCACGUGGAGCACAUCACAGGCCAGUGCAUAUCAGUGGGCACAGCACUGCUGGUCGGCUGAAGUGCAGGCAGUGUCAUGCAAAGACACCAGUGAAGUGCUCCUCCUGCGAUAUUCCUUUGUGCUUUGUCGCUGGCCGUGACUGUUAUAAUGACUGGCAUGUUGCCAAUGACCUGUAAUUGUAAAUACUAGUACAGUGCCUGUUGAAAUUGUGCCUGCACCACAUAUCGGCGUUCAUCAACCACCAGACCCGGUGUGUGUAGAGGGAGAGACGGUGUUGUCUCAUGUCAUCUGAUCGUUAAGAAAUUUAACACAUCAGCAGAGGUGCUCAUUUUCCAUACAGGUUUAUGUUUAUGGGACAUAUGUAUAUAUUUAGUGGCUUGACGGUUAACGGUGAAGUAUGGAUUUGAUUCGCUGGGUUCCUGCAAUUUAUAGAUAUGUGUAUGUAAAAAGUUAUAUAGUAGUACCUGCAAUACUUUUCCAGCAUAGCACUUGUUUUACUUUGUUGACCAUUUUUACCAACGGUUCCUUCAAAUGUCCUUUGUGUUUUGUCGCUUGCGAUUGUUACAAUGUCUGGCAUGUUGCCAAUAACCUGUAAAUAUAUGUUGAUUUAGAUGUGUAAAUAGUUAUAUAGUAAUGCUUUUUUUUGCACUACUUUUUCACCAUAGCACUUAUUUGACAUCUUUUUACCCUUUUUUACCAAAGGGUCCUUCUUUGUGCUUUGUUGCAUGUAGCACAUAACCUGUACAUACAUAAUUGUAAAUAUGUGUAUUUAGAUAUGUUAAUAGCUGUAAAUAUUGUGUUACCUUUUAUACACUACUUUUCCACCUUA